AAACAAUGUCUCUGUUCAAUACAUAAACGAUAUCUCAGUUCAAGGGCACUUCCCAUGUGACCAUCAACGUUUUUGGCCCAUUUCAUAUAUAAACAUGGAAAGGCAUCCUUAACCUUUGCCUUAAGCCAAUAAACUAUAUAUGUAACACUAAGCUUAUAUAUAUAUAUAUGGACACACCCAAGAAUGCUUGUCUCGGCUCUUCAGACAAAAUUAGCAGAUUCAAGAAUCAUGAAGCCUGCAGAAGUAACUGCAUCAGCGGAAGAAAUCGCCAUCCGGUUUAGGAGAGGCGGAGACAAGGUUAUUCGAGUCACAAUCUCGGCAACUCUCUGCCUCUCAACGAUCUUCUUUGUGUUUACUCUUGGAUCCUACUUCCAUGGUCACAUGAAAACGUACUUCGCAUCAUCAGAAGAGCAACUCUAUAUCCCUCGUAUUGUUAAUAGUUGUCCUCCAUGUUUGCCCCCAUAUUGUUCAAAUUGCACCGGCAGCGUUUCGGUAUUGCCUCCUCAACAAUCCGUUCGAGAGUGGAUGGCUCCGAGGGCGGCAUGGCAUUCCAUGACAGACCAGGAGCUGAUGUGGCAGGCCUCAAUGGUCCCACAGAUCCAGGAGUACCCGUUCAAUCGGACUCCGAAGGUGGCGUUCAUGUUCUUGACUAGGGGGAGACUGCCGCUGGGACCUCUCUGGGAGAAGUUCUUCAAGAGGCAUGAGGGGCUUUAUUCGAUAUAUUUACACACAUCGCCCGAAUUCAACGAAGAACCGCCUGAGUCCUCAGUGUUUUUCGGGCGGAGGAUUCCGAGCAAGGAAGUACAAUGGGGAAGGGCUUCGAUGAUCGAUGCCGAGAGGAGGCUUCUAGCGAACGGACUCCUCGACUUCUCGAAUGAGCGUUUCGUGCUUCUCUCAGAGGCCUGCAUCCCCCUGUUCAACUUCACCACGGUCUACUCUUACCUCAUAAACUCGAACCAGAGUUUCCUUGGAUCGUUUGAUGACCCGAGGCCCAUGGGUCGCGGUCGGUACAGAAAGCAGAUGUGGCCCAUCAUAUCCCUCUCUGACUGGCGGAAGGGCUCUCAAUGGUUCGAAAUUCAGCGGAAGGUCGCGGUCGAGGUCGUCUCGGAUCAAACCUACUAUAACGUGUUCCGGGAGCAUUGUGGCCCUCCAUGUUACAUGGAUGAACAUUACGUGCCUACCUUAGUGACAAAGACUCUACCUAGCAUGAACUCAAAUAGGUGCAUCACUUGGGUCGAUUGGUCUAGAGGAGGCUCUCAUCCGACGUUAUUUAGGAGGAGAGAUGUUUCCGAAGCCUUCCUGGAUCGGGUCCGGUUUGGGUCUAAUUGUACUUACAAUGGUCUGCAGACCUCAAUGUGCUUUCUUUUCGCUAGGAAGUUUCAUCCAAGCACACUUGAGCCUCUUAUGAGGAUUGCUCCUCAACUGCUUGGGUUCGAUCCUUAAAAGAAACGCACAUGUUCACAACAGUAAUUAUCUUUUUUUUUUUUUUUCUUUUCCCCCUUGCUGAAAUAACUCAUUAUGCCGUGUUGACGAAAAUAGGAAAAAAGAAAGACAAAGACUGAUAAUUGGGGGGAAAAAAAACUUAGAACUAACAAGGAUGGAUUCAUAUGAUUCGGCAUUUAUUCAAGAUGAUUCGGCAUUUAUUCAUCUUGAAUUAAGAUCUUGAGUUUGACUUUUGUAAAUAGAGAA